AGGGCGGGCGCGAAGAUGCACACGACGCAGAAGGACACCACGUACACCAAGAUCUUCGUCGGGGGGCUGCCCUACCACACCACCGACGGCAGCCUGCGCAAAUACUUCGAGGUCUUCGGCGACAUCGAGGAGGCGGUGGUCAUCACGGACCGGCAGACGGGCAAGUCCCGGGGCUAUGGAUUUGUCACCAUGGCUGACCGGGCUGCUGCCGAAAGGGCCUGCAAGGAUCCCAACCCCAUUAUUGAUGGCAGAAAGGCCAACGUGAAUCUGGCAUACUUGGGAGCAAAGCCCAGGAUCAUGCAACCAGGUUUUGCCUUUGGUGUUCCGCAGCUUCAUCCAGCCCUUAUACAAAGACCUUUUGGGAUACCUGCGCACUAUGUCUAUCCACAGGCUUUUGUGCAGCCUGGAGUUGUCAUUCCGCAUGUCCAGCCAACGACAGCUGCUGCCUCCACCACACCUUACAUUGAUUACACUGGAGCUGCGUAUGCACAAUACUCGGCCGCCGCAGCUGCCGCCGCCGCCGCUUUUGGCCAGUAUCAGCCUCAGCAGCUGCAAACAGACCGAAUGCAAUAGACUAGCCAUCUGAUCGGAGUUGAAUUGUUCUCUCUUCCUCUCGACCCUU